ACGAUAACUUUAUCAUGAUUCGCUCUGCGUUAUGCGUUUGUUAUUUAGAUGCCUUUCCCAGUUUAACCGAAAGAAGAAAACUAAUAAAAAAACCUGUUGCCUGAAACUGAGUAUGGUGAAAUGAUAAUUGAACUAAAAUCUAAUUUCAUAAAAUUAUCAGUACACUAUUAUUUUUACAAAAACAAGUAUUUUUAAGACUCAAUAUUUAUAAAAUAUGUCUGAGUCCUCAAAAUCAAAAUCUUUGAAUCUCCAUUCAACCCCCACCCUACAAUGUAAGGAUUUGCAUGAAUAUCUGAAAAGUCGCUCGUCUCAUUUUUUAGAAACUCUUUACAACUAUCCGACUAUAUGUCUUGCCGUAUACAGAGAAUUGCCAGAAUUGGCUCGACAUUUUGUUAUACGUCUCCUAUUCGUAGAACAACCAGUACCUCAAGCUGUUGUAGCAUCGUGGGUCUCACAAACUCAUGCAAAGGAACAAAUCAAAGCAAGUGAAGCACUGUCGGAACUAUCGGUGUGGAAUGAGGCACCUAUACCUGGUGGUCUGCCGGGAUGGUUCCUAUCUCACUCUUUCAAGAAGAAUCUAAAAGUUGCACUUCUAGGAGGAGGCCGUCCAUGGAGCAUGUCACAAACGUUGGAGCCGGAUGGCAAAGCGAGAGACGUGGCAUUCCUGGAUGCAUAUGCGUUGGAGAGAUGGGAGUGUGUGCUGCACUACAUGGUGGGCAGCCAGCAGACUGAGGGCAUCAGUGCUGAUGCUGUCCGAAUACUGUUGCAUGCUGGGCUCAUGACUAGAGAUGCGGAGGAUGGUUCAGCUGUCAUAACUAAAGCUGGCUUCCAGUUCCUUCUGCUCAGUACAGCUAAACAGGUGUGGCUGUUCCUGCAACACUACCUGCAUACGGCGGAGAAGAGAAACCUAAGCUCGGCCGAGUGCCUGGCCUUCCUCUACCAGCUCAGCUUCAGCACCCUCGGAAAGGACUACAGCACGGAGGGCAUGAGCAACAACAUGCUGGUGUUCUUGCAGCACCUACGCGAGUUUGGUCUGCUCUACCAGCGGAAGCGCAAGGCAGGCCGCUUUUACCCCACGCGGCUGGCGCUUAACAUCACGUGCGUGCGCGAUGAGGCGGGGCUGGCGGGCGGGGGGCGGGGCGUCGGCUACAUCGUGGUGGAGAGCAACUACCGCGUGUACGGGUACACGCAGAGCGCGCUGCAGGUGGCGCUACUGGGGCUGUUCACUGAGCUCAUGUACAGAUUUCCGAACCUGGUGGUGGGAGUCAUAACGAGGGAGAGUGUCCGGCAAGCGUUCCGCGGGGGCAUCUCAGCGGAGCAAAUCAUAAAGUACUUGGAACAACAUUCGCACCCCCAGAUGCUGAACACUGAUAGUGCAGGCGUGGCCGCGUGUACAUCUGUGCUGCCGCCCACUGUGUUGGACCAGGUGCGGCUGUGGGAGAGUGAGCGAAACCGCUUCACCUACACCGAGGGUGUUGUCUACAACCAGUUCUUAUCGCAGGCUGACUUCGUAGUGCUGCGGGACUACGCCCGUCAAGAGCGCGUGUUGAGCUGGCAGAACGAACGCACGCGCACAAUGGUGGUCACCAAGCCGGGCCACGACGACGUCAAGAGGUUCUGGAAGAGAUACUCCAAGUCGUCGUAGAGGUGUCUCUCAUGUGGACCUCAACUUGAUGUGCUAAUAGUCGCAGAUACUCCAUCGCAUUACCAGUGGGAGGCUCCUUUGCACCGUUUUCCGGCUAGAUUAUGGGUACCACAACGGCGCCUAUUUCUACCGUGAAGCAGUAAUAUGUAAGCAUUACAGUGUUUCGGUCUGAAGGGCGCCGUAGCUAGUGAAAUUACUGGGCAAAUGAGACUUGACUUAUGUCUCAAGACGACGAGCGCAGUUGUUGUGUGGCUCAGAAUUUUUGCGUUCUUCAAUAAUCCUGAGCGGCACUGCAUUGUAUUGGGCAGGGUAUAUCAAUUACCAUCAGCUGAACGUCCUGCUCGUCUCGUCCCUUAUUUUAAUUAAAAAUUAAAAUCACAACUGCGCAUAAUUUUAUAUUUGCUCAUUCGGCCACACGUUCUUACAAACUUCGAACAGUAUUGUAAGGUGAAAAAACAUUGCUCUUUCUAAAAAUGUAACCAAAACACCAGUUCUGCAGCCAGGUGCCAAAGAGUUUGUACUUCAACAUGACACACUCAACUCGCCGCCGGAUUGAUUGGUCCACCGCUCAGUGCGUGUGGCGCCAUUUGUAAAAAUGUAAAUACGAUUGAAGUAAGGUGUCUUUUUUUAUCAACUUUAAUUUGUUCAACUGUAAAUAUAAAUUGUAAGCAAUUAUUUUAUAA